CACAAUCCAGUCCCCAUGAUGAGGGCGAUGGUUGGGGGUUGAGGUCCACCUCCACGGAGACACACUGCUGCGCCCCCGCCUCACUCUGGCACUAUAAAAAGUCUGCUCAUGCUCAAGUUUUCAGUCUCUUCCGAGCUCCACCAGACUGCCAUCAUGAAAUUUGUGACUCUUGCUCUUGCCCUUCUGCUGGCCGUCGGCUCGCAGGCCGUCCCCCUGCAAGCUGAUGCACCUGCACCAUCAAUGCUGGAGCAUGCACGGGGUGUUCUAGAUUUAUACAUGACUCAGGGGAAACAAAGUCUCCUCAAUGCCAUAAAUCAGAUUGAGGACGUCCCUGCCAGGACUAGAAUGACUGAAACUGUUGAGUCUGCAUUCGUAAAGAUCAAGGCAGCUCAGGGAGUUGUCGCCCCCAUGACUGACACCGUUGUUGGUGGCGUCAUGGCUGCCACAGAUGAAUUCCGUCAAAGAGUCAAUACUGAUGUUGAGGCCCUGAAAACGGAACUUGUGCCCCUUCGCGAAAAUCUGAGGACUGUUGUCGAGAAACACAUUGCUGAAUACAAAGCAGCAUACCUCCCCGUCCUGCAAGAAUACAUGGACAAGCACCCUACUGAAUUUGCAGACUUGAAGACAAAGUUGGAGGACAUCAUGGGGCAGAUGCAAGAAAAAGUGAAAGCCAAUGUGGAGGAGACCAAGAGUGCCAUGAUCCCCAUUGUGGAGACUGUGAGAGGAAAGGUUAGUGGCUGGUUGCUCCAGGUAAAAGAAAUGGCUGAUCCCUACGUUCAGGAAUAUAGGGAGAAGUUGAGGGAAACAGCCACACAGGUGCAAAACGUCACCCCUGAGGAAAUAGCUGACCUGAACAAGAGGCUUGAACCACUGGCCAAGGAAGCCUCUGAAAAGGUCCAAACCAUGGCUAUGGAAAUCUACAACACCUUUAACAAGGCUUAAAUCCUCUCCACCCUGUUCCUGUACCUCACCUCACCUGUCCAAGAUCCAUUCCACCGUCCUCUCCAUUCCAACUUUCCUCACAGAUCCUCCCAAAAUGAAGCCGAAGCCUAAUCGAUGCACUUCCUUGCAACAAAAUGGCGGGACUCUUGCUCUCUCUCUACCAAGCAAACAUCUCACAUUGUUCACACAUGUAGGCAUACGCAGACACAUACAUGCUCACACAUGCUUCAAUCUUUGUAUGCCAGGGCAACCUGCUUACAUUUUGAGUAGGAAACGUAUGUGAAAUACCACCAAGUGCCUAAAUCUCUGUGUAAUGAUGCUUGUCUGAUGAAAAACAGAUCAAUAAACAUCUGACUGUUAAUACAACAUAA